AAUUUUUUACCUACAACAAUUGUAGAUCUAUUAGAUAUAGUAAGUACUUAUAAAUUUUUUAUAUUGCAAGGGGAAAUAGACUCUUAAUUCUUGGAAGUAUAUAGGAAAUAAUAGCUAACAUUAUAUUUGCAUUUGUUUUUCCCGAACUCUUACUUCCGUUCUAGGCGUAUAGAGUCUCAUAAGUUAUUCCACAUCAAUGUAAGAAGGGAUAUUUAUAAGUUAAUUUUUUAUGUAAAUUGAUAGAUACGUUUUUUUAUUAACGAAUAUACAUUUUAUCUUGAACAAACAUUGUAUUUGUUUCUUCAUCAUUCAAAAGAUGGGAGAUUGAAAAUUUUUCAUGUAAAUUAAAAUAGAUACAUUUAUUGUAUCGAAUAUAUAUUUUAUCUUGUGAAAACAUUGUUGUUUUUUCUAUCAUUCUUCAUUUUUUUGUUGUUGUUAAUUCAAUGGAUGUAUAUGAAAGUUAUUUCAAAAUUAACAAACUGGCCUUAUGUGCAAUUGGACAAUGGGUUUAUCAGACAGUAGCCAUAAAAAUUUUCACUAGAAUUUUAAUUUUAACGUCACUGUUAUCUGCAAUUAUUCCUCAGUGUAAUUUUCUCAUUUCGGUCAUUGGUAAUGAUACUGACGCAACUUUUGAGUGCCUUCCACCUCUUAUUUUUAAUAUUUUGUGCUAUUGUCAAUAUGGAGUUGUUACACUCAAACAAGACAAGUUGCGGAUUCUCGUCAAAUAUAUGCAGGAUGAUUGGAAUUUUUGGACAUCUAAGGUAGAACGUACAAUUUUGCUAAAAUCUGCAAAGCAAGGAAGCCGUCUUACAAUUUUAUAUUUUAUAAAUAUGUAUAGUUCAGUAUUAAUUUUCGUAUCAAUGUCAAUGAUGCCGAUUGUAUGUGACUAUUUCCUGCCGUUGAAUAAUGCGACUCGUACGAGGGUAUUAGUGCACGCUACUAAAUUUCCUUUAGAUCAUAAUAAAUAUUUUUCUUGGAUAUUGGUUCAUGGUUCUGUUACUUCUUUUCUUAAUAUGACAGUUAUGUUUGCUUGUGAAUCAAUGUUUGCAGUUACAACACAACAUGUUUGCGGCUUAUUUGCAAUUGUUAGUCAUCAUUUGCAAAGUACAAUGAAAUACGCAAGCAAGGAACAAAACUAUAAAAUCAUAAAGGAUUCGAGUUAUAAAGAAUUGUCAUCUUCUAUUAGGUGGCACAAUCAUGCACUUCAAUAUUCAAAGAUACUUAACUCUUGUUUUUCGCCACUUUUAUUUUAUUCAGUGGUAUUAAAUGUUAUAGCCACCAGCUCUGUGUUGAUUCAAACUUUAAACUCAAUUGGAAAAUUAAAUCUGGUCAUAAAAUAUGGAAUGUUUGGUAGUGCUUGUUUGAUUCAUCUUUUUUGUUUAACAUUGCCAGCUCAAAAUUUAUUAGACAGUAGCUUAUUAGUUUCACAAGAAACAUGUAACGGAGAAUGGUAUAAUUUGCCACUUUAUGGACCGAAGUUACUUGUGCCAAUAAUACUUCGAGGUCAAAUACCAUCAACUGUGACGAUUGGAAAAUUUUGUAACAUGGAUAUGGUUGCGUUUGCAGCGGUAAAAGAAGAAAGUAUGCUUGAAUUAACGGAAGUGGAAUUACCAAAAUUUCCAGUUAUCAUGAUGGAAAUUCCAAUAAAACUCGAUAUAAAUAAUCCAUUACUUAAAAAUCUUCUUGCGAAGGGUGCGGAAAAAUAUAAAAAAUAUUAUGAAAAAUCUUAUGAACCACUUAUCACCAACAUUCGCAGUAUCAAACAUUUAAUUAAAAUACAAUCAGAAUUUAUAUUCCAUGUAACGUUUGGAGCUAGUAACUGUACCAAAGGAUUGAAUGAACACUGUGUUCUUUUACCAAAUGGAGAAAACGAUGAAUGUAUCAUUGAUGCUUAUUCCCUCUUUCGUUCAACUGAAAAUGAGAACUAUCGAGUCUUUAUUUAUUGUACUCCCGAUGUAUUAAAGGAAUUUCCAAAAACUCCAGUGAAUUUAAAAGUACAGCCUUACGUCUUCACGCCAAUUAUUCUUUCCAAAUGGCCAUUAAGAUAAAAA